AUGACUUCUCCAGGCUCUCCGAGACUUGUUGACUCUUUCACCGCUCCAAAGGAGGUCCUUCAGGAGUUUGCUGAUCUUGCUGAGGAGGAAAACGUUGAUCCUUUCGCCGAGACAGCGUCCAAGCGUCAAAUCGCAUCACGACAAUCCGACUACCAUAAUCGCAAGUUCAACCGCCAGGCCAAUGAAAGCGGCGAUGCAUUCAAGGCCGCUGAGGAGGGGAAGGAUGUGGAGGGUGGUUACAAGGAUGCAAUGAAGGUGCAGUUACUCGAAAAAGAAGAACAAAGGGUGAGGCGGGCUAUAGAGGAGAAAGAGAAGCAGGCGCGAGAAGAGGGGAAGGCGAAGAUGGACCUGGACAAAACCCCGCCUAGGGCUGAGCUACAGGCAGCUGCUCAGGAGCUCGCAGCUAUGUCGGGAACAAAACGCAAGCGGCGAUGGGAUGUGAGUGACACGGCUGAGGAUGGUGGAGAGAACAAGGAGAACAAGGGUGGUGAGUGGUCCAAGGAGGCUCUUGAAGGCGCUGCACCUAAGAAGCGGCGUUCUCGUUGGGAUGCCACUCCCGCCGAUGUUAGUGCCCCUGGGGAAACACCCAAGCGGUCAAGAUGGGACCAGACACCAGUCGCUGCGAAUGGCGGCAUUGACGUCCCCAUGACGCCAAUCAUCAUGAACGCGCCCGGAUUCAUGCAGGAGGACAAGCACAAUCGGUACCUUACGGACGAAGAACUCGAAGCAAUCCUUCCAUCCAGCGGCUAUGCCAUCGUAACUCCGCCUCCAGGGUACGCCCCUCUUGUCCGCCCUCCGAAGUUGACUGCGACACCCGUCACCGAGGUUGGUGGAUUCCAAAUCCAAGAGAGUUCUGAUGCCGCCGCCGCCGCCGCUGCUGCCGGUCUCGCCCCCGAACUUCCUACAGAGAUCCCUGGCGUCGGUAGUCUGGCAUUCUUCAAGGCUGAAGAUGCGCAGUACUUCGCCAAAAUCCUCAAAGAAGAGGAUGAGACGGAGCUGUCCGUUGAGGAGAUGAAGGAACGCAAGAUUAUGCGUCUCCUCCUCAAAAUCAAGAACGGUACACCUCCCGUUCGGAAAACGGCGUUGAGACAGAUCACCGACAAAGCUCGAGAAUUCGGAGCUGGACCUCUCUUCGACAAGAUUCUUCCUCUACUCAUGGAGCGUACCCUCGAAGACCAAGAGCGUCACCUUCUUGUCAAAGUUAUUGACCGUGUACUCUACAAACUCGACGAUCUUGUUCGUCCUUACGUUCACAAGAUUCUCGUCGUCAUCGAGCCCUUGCUCAUUGAUGAGGAUUACUAUGCUCGUGUCGAAGGUCGAGAAAUCAUUUCUAAUCUCUCCAAGGCGGCUGGUCUCGCCCACAUGAUCUCCACCAUGCGACCCGAUAUCGACCAUGCCGACGAGUACGUGCGUAACACCACUGCUCGAGCAUUCUCUGUUGUCGCUUCUGCGCUCGGCAUCCCGUCUCUACUCCCUUUCCUCAAAGCUGUUUGCAGGAGUAAGAAGUCAUGGCAAGCUCGUCAUACAGGUAUCCGUAUUGUUCAGCAGAUUGCCAUCAUGAUGGGUUGCGCUGUCCUUCCUCACCUUCGCAAUCUUGUCGAGUGUAUCGCGCACGGACUCCAGGACGAACAGCAGAAGGUUAGGACGAUGACUGCGUUGGGCCUGGCAGCCUUGGCUGAAGCGUCCGCACCCUACGGUAUUGAAUCGUUCGAUAAUGUCCUCAAACCGCUGUGGGUCGGCAUCCGUCUUCAUCGUGGCAAGAGUUUGGCCGCCUUCUUGAAGGCCAUCGGUUUCAUCUUGCCGUUGAUGGAUCCCGAAUAUGUGGCUUACUACAUCAAGGAAGUCACCAUCAUCCUCAUCCGUGAAUUUCAGACGUCGGAUGAAGAGAUGAAGAAGAUUGUGUUGAAAGUUGUCCAGCAGUGCGCUGCCACAGAGGGUGUCACAUCCCAGUACAUCAAACAGGAUAUUCUACCAGACUUCUUCAAGGCGUUCUGGGUCCGUCGUAUGGCGCUUGAUAGGCGGAACUACCGGCAGGUGGUGGAGACCACGGUCGAGUUGGCUCAGAAGGCAGGAGUUGCAGAGAUCGUUGGUAGGAUUGUCAACGAGCUGAAGGAUGAAGCAGAGCCAUAUCGUAAGAUGGUCAUGGAGACUAUCACAAAGGUGGUUGCUUCUCUAGGUGCCUCAGACAUCGAUGAGCGGCUGGAGGUCCGGCUUGUCGAUGGUAUCAUCUACUCCUUCCAGGAGCAAACUACCGAGGAUCAGGUAAUGCUCGACGGCUUUGGUACCGUGGUUAACGCACUUGGUAUUCGAGUGAAGCCAUACUUGACCCAAAUUGUAUCAACCAUCUUGUGGCGCCUGAACAACAAGAGUGCCAAAGUUCGUCAGCAAGCAGCUGACCUGACGACCCGCUUGGCAGUCGUGAUCAAGCAGUGUGGGGAAGAUCAGUUGUUGAACAAGCUUGGACUGGUACUAUUCGAGCAGCUGGGUGAAGAGUAUCCGGAUACGUUGGGUAGUAUCAUCGCCGCCGAGGGAGCAAUUGCCAACGUGGUCGGCAUGACCCAGAUGAAUCCCCCUGUGAAAGAUCUGCUGCCGCGUAUGACACCCAUUCUUCGGAAUCGGCAUGAGAAAGUACAAGAAGCCACGAUUAACUUGAUCGGUCGCAUAGCCGAUCGUGGUGCAGAAUAUGUCCCUGCUCGAGAAUGGAUGCGUAUUUGCUUCGAGUUGCUAGACUUACUGAAGGCGCACAAGAAGGGCAUUCGUCGUGCUGCGGUGAAUUCCUUCGGUUACAUUGCUAAGAGUCUGGGUCCUCAGGACGUGCUUCAAGUUCUGCUUACGAAUCUUCGCGUUCAAGAGCGUCAAAGUCGCGUGUGCAGUACCGUCGCCAUUGCUAUCGUCGCAGAGACUUGCGGUCCCUUUACUUGCAUUCCUGCCAUCUUGAACGAGUAUCGCACUGCCGAGCUGAAUGUCAGGACGGGUUGCCUGAAAGCAUUGUCAUUCGUCUUCGAGUACGUCGGACCACAAUCUGCGUAUUACGCGGAUUCUGUUGUGACAAUGCUCGAAGAUGCCCUGACCGACCGUGACCUCGUGCAUCGUCAAACCGCAAGUACGAUCGUAAAGCAUCUUGCCCUUGGAGUUGCAGGUUUGGGUUGCGAAGACUCAAUGCUGCAUUUGAUGAACCUCGUGUGGCCGAACUGUUUCGAGACAUCACCUCACGUCAUCGGCGCUGUCAUGGAAGCGAUUGAAGCCAUGCGAGUGACAUUGGGUCCUGGAGUCUUACUCAGUUAUAUCCUGCAGGGUCUCUUCCACCCUGCCAGGAAAGUAAGAGAGGUGUACUGGCGCAUCUACAACUCUCUCUACCUUGGUGCCGCUGAUGCUCUUGUACCAUUCUAUCCCGAUCUGGGAGAGCUGAGCGAAGGUCAAAAUGUGUACGACCGCCAUCCCUUGCAGAUGUUUAUCUAG